GUAUGAGAUCACUAAACGAGUUUCCUAUUUCCUAUUUUUCAGGAAGGAACGCAGACGUGGCACUGUUGGAGGAAGAAGAAGACCGAUUGUCGAGACUUGUUAUAAAUGAUAAUAAAUAACUCUGUACCCGGUCAGUUUAAAUCUUGCGUGGUGUAAUAAAGACCUUUUCUUCCGCAUCUUCGUGUUCUUCCUUCAUUGGCUGUGUCUGUUGUCCGUGAGUGUUACAUUUGGCAGCCAAUGAAGGAAGAACACGAAGAUGCGGAAGAAAAGGUCUUUAUUACACCACGCAAGAUUUAAACUGACCGGGUACAGAGUUAUUUAUUAUCAUUUAUAACAAGUCUCGACAAUCGGUCUUCUUCUUCCUCCAACAGUGCCACGUCUGCGUUCCUUCCUGAAAAAUAGGAAAUAGGAAACUCGUUUAGUGAUCUCAUACAUAGUAAUUUUUGGUAAAGUGGCAUGAGGAAUACUUGCUUAUGUAUGGUAGUUUGCACACAAUCCAGUAGUGACUAAGUCUACUUCAUAGGAUGGCGCUUGUCCGUUCUGUAUAUUCAACUCGACCCUUUCUAAUAAGAUGGCCAUUCCGUUGUACCUAUGGUCAAUUCUCAGUUGUUCCGCAUAUUGCCUCGACAGAAUCACCAAACACUGACGAAGAACCUGACAUUCCUACUGAUAAACUGAAGGUAUUUAGUGCAUCAUAUAUAAAUUCAGUGUUGCUACUUGGAACAGUUAUGGGAUUGAAGAUGUUCCCGAUGCAAAGCAAUCCAGAUCGCAACUGGGCAUUGUUGUUCUUGAAAACACGCAUGUCAAAAUUGGUGCCUGUGUUAGAUACGCAUCCAACUGAUGACACUUUACCAAAUGACUCUUCAGUAACGUUCAGAAAGAUUCCCCUCAGUUCAUCGAAUAGAAUCCACGUUUUCAGUCCUAAAUUGGUUAGUGGUCUUAGAGAUAUCAAGCCUGGGGAACGUUUAUUAGUUAGUGGAUUCCUGUCCUACUAUCAAUCAUCAAAACUUGAUGGAAAGACAAACAAACAGUGCUGCGUAACGGCUCAGCGUAUCGCCCAUAUGGGAUGGUCUCCUGAUUACCAACCUGAUAAAACUCUAGAAGAAGUCCUUGAGACAUGAAAAACUACUUUCUAAAAAUAUCGUUAACUAUCCCAGCAAGGAAAUCUGCAUUUUUUAUCAGUCCGAUAUGAAAAUGAAUUCGUCGUCACCAUAAUCACGUUGGAAUCCAAAUAUUUGCAUCAUUUCAUAUUUGUCAGUUCUUUCUGUCCCUGACAUAUUUUUCAGAGAGUUCAUAACAUAUUAUACAUAAAUUGUACGGCAUUUUUGUACAUAAGCAUUGUCUACGUAUUGAAAUAAAACUAUUGAGUUGAUUAUCUGAAGUUUUUAUAUUUUAAAUAGGGAUUAAGUGUAUACAGUUUUCUGUAAAU